AUGGCUUCUAUGAUCAAUAUCAUCUUCAUUACUACUACUGCCCCUUAUCUGUUUCUUUGCUUUCUUAGCCUCCUCACCACUCAAAUUAGCUCCCAACCUCCUCAUUACUGCUCAAAUAAAAACACUUACACUCCUAACAGCACUUAUAGAGCCAAUCUCAAUAACCUCCUCUCUGUACUCUCCUCUAAAGCAAACAGGGUACCCCAAAACGGAUUCUUUAACUACACUACUGGUGAUGACAAGGACCCCAACAACAUGGUUUACGGCAUGUUUAUGUGCCGGGGUGAUGUUACCACAGAUGAAUGUCAGGAGUGUGUUGCAAUUGCUAGUAAGGGGAUACUAGAUGCGUGUCCCAAUCAGAAGAAGGCUAUAGCUUGGUAUGAAAAGUGCUUUAUAAGAUUCUCAGACAACGCAGCCUUACUCACCGAAUGGAACACUUCAGUUUCCAUCACUCUGUGGAAUCCACAGAACGUCACCAAUGAGCCUGCGCGGUUUAGGCAAUUGUUGAGGGAUACAAUGAACGAGUUAGUGACUCAGGCUGCGGAUUUUACUGAUGGAUCUGGUAACAAGUUUGCAACUAAAGAAGCUAACUUCACAGCGUUUCAGAAGGUGUAUGCGCUUGUGCAAUGCACACCGGACCUGUCUGCUGAUGGUUGCGACACCUGCCUCCAGGAUGGUAUCCCACUUCUUCUAGAUUGCUGCGACGGAAUGCACAAGCAGGGGGUCACAAUUCUGUUUCCGAGCUGUAAUAUUCGUUACCAGUUCUACCCCUUCUAUACCAUGGUUGCCUCUGCACCAGCACCACCACCUCCUCCUCCAAAAUCUAAUUCUACUUCUGCCACAAAAGGAAAAGGAGAAAUCUCAUCGCAAGUAAUUAUUACCAUUGUUGUUUCAGUAGUUGUUGCACUUGUUCUUUUCUCCACUGGCUUUUUGUGCAUAAAAAAGAAAGCAAGAGAGAGAUGCAAUGCUAUACAAGAAGAACUUACUGUUGGAAAAGAUUUGAUAACAACACAAUCCUUGCAAUAUGAUUUGAGAACAAUUGAAGCAGCCACAAAUAACUUCUGUAAUGAUAACAAAAUUGGUGAAGGUGGAUUUGGUGCCGUCUACAAGGGUACACUUCCUAAUGGACAAGAUAUAGCAGUGAAGAGAUUAUCUAAAAGCUCCAGUCAAGGUGAAGAAGAAUUCAAGAAUGAGGUUAUAUUGGUUGCCAAGCUUCAACACAGAAAUCUAGUGAGAUUAGUGGGAUUCUGUUUGAAAAGUCAAGAAAAAUUACUCAUCUAUGAAUUCGUCCCCAACAAAAGCCUCGACUACUUUCUAUUCGAUUCAGAAAAAGGAAAACAACUGGAUUGGUCAAGGCGUUACAAGAUUAUAGGUGGCAUAGCACGAGGAAUUCUUUAUCUACAUGAAGAUUCGCAACUUAAAGUUAUACAUCGGGAUCUCAAAGCUAGCAAUGUAUUAUUAGACGGGGACAUGAAUCCAAAAGUUUCAGAUUUUGGCAUGGCGAGAAUUUUCUGUUCGGAUCAAACCGAAGGAAGCACAAGUAGAAUAGUUGGGACUUUUGGUUACAUGUCUCCAGAAUAUGCCAUGCAAGGUCAAUUUUCUGUGAAGUCUGAUGUGUUUAGUUUUGGAGUCUCAAUUUUGGAAAUUAUAAGUGGCAAGAAGAAUAGUAGCUUCUAUCAAUCAUAUGGUCCUGGUGGCCUUUUGAGCUAUGCUUGGAAACAUUGGAGAGACGGAACACCCUUGGAAAUAAUGGAUCCUAUUCUGAGAGAUUCUUAUUCAAUGGAUGAAAUUAUUAGAUGCAUCUAUAUAGGCCUCUUGUGUGUUCAAGAAGAUAUGGAUGCCAGGCCCUCUAUGCCUUCUGUAGUUCAGAUGCUCAACAGUUCUCUUGAUACCCUACCACUGCCUCAGCAACCUCCAUUUUCUGUCCGUGGUAGGACAAAUCAGUUGAAGUCCGCAAACAGAACGGAGUUGUUUUCUUUGAAUGAAGUAUCAAUAAAUCUAUACGCAAACCUUACUUCCCACUAUUUCACUAUCAUCGGAAUAACGAGUAUUCUAGUCGUUAAUUGCUGUUCAAUCUGUUUCACGCUCAAAGCUGACCGCCGUCAGUUCUUUUGCUCCCCGUUGACCAAGCACUUCAAUGCUCGUCGUUGGUUGGUUCUUCAGGUUCUCUGUUUGACGCCGGUCAUCACCAUUCCUUGCUGCUUAUCCUUCUGUAUGGUCGUCCUUGUUCGUCAAUCUUGUCAGUCUGCUUCGUUCUGCUUGCUAUUUAUUCUAUCCCGUAUCGGCACCAGUGUUCUCUUCCUCGCCGUCUGCACCUUCUUCUUGUUCUCUAUUGUUCCUCUUUGUUGGGGAAAGGGAAAAGAGCUUUGCACAUGCACUGAUAAGGGGAUCCUCCUCACCACUCAAAUUAGCUCCCAACCUCCUCAUUACUGCUCAAAUAAAAACACUUACACUCCUAACAGCACUUAUAGAGCCAAUCUCAAUAACCUCCUCUCUGUACUCUCCUCUAAAGCAAACAGGGUACCCCAAAACGGAUUCUUUAACUACACUACUGGUGAUGACAAGGACCCCAACAACAUGGUUUACGGCAUGUUUAUGUGCCGGGGUGAUGUUACCACAGAUGAAUGUCAGGAGUGUGUUGCAAUUGCUAGUAAGGGGAUACUAGAUGCGUGUCCCAAUCAGAAGAAGGCUAUAGCUUGGUAUGAAAAGUGCUUUAUAAGAUUCUCAGACAACGCAGCCUUACUCACCGAAUGGAACACUUCAGUUUCCAUCACUCUGUGGAAUCCACAGAACGUCACCAAUGAGCCUGCGCGGUUUAGGCAAUUGUUGAGGGAUACAAUGAACGAGUUAGUGACUCAGGCUGCGGAUUUUACUGAUGGAUCUGGUAACAAGUUUGCAACUAAAGAAGCUAACUUCACAGCGUUUCAGAAGGUGUAUGCGCUUGUGCAAUGCACACCGGACCUGUCUGCUGAUGGUUGCGACACCUGCCUCCAGGAUGGUAUCCCACUUCUUCUAGAUUGCUGCGACGGAAUGCACAAGCAGGGGGUCACAAUUCUGUUUCCGAGCUGUAAUAUUCGUUACCAGUUCUACCCCUUCUAUACCAUGGUUGCCUCUGCACCAGCACCACCACCUCCUCCUCCAAAAUCUAAUUCUACUUCUGCCACAAAAGGAAAAGGAGAAAUCUCAUCGCAAGUAAUUAUUACCAUUGUUGUUUCAGUAGUUGUUGCACUUGUUCUUUUCUCCACUGGCUUUUUGUGCAUAAAAAAGAAAGCAAGAGAGAGAUGCAAUGCUAUACAAGAAGAACUUACUGUUGGAAAAGAUUUGAUAACAACACAAUCCUUGCAAUAUGAUUUGAGAACAAUUGAAGCAGCCACAAAUAACUUCUGUAAUGAUAACAAAAUUGGUGAAGGUGGAUUUGGUGCCGUCUACAAGGGUACACUUCCUAAUGGACAAGAUAUAGCAGUGAAGAGAUUAUCUAAAAGCUCCAGUCAAGGUGAAGAAGAAUUCAAGAAUGAGGUUAUAUUGGUUGCCAAGCUUCAACACAGAAAUCUAGUGAGAUUAGUGGGAUUCUGUUUGAAAAGUCAAGAAAAAUUACUCAUCUAUGAAUUCGUCCCCAACAAAAGCCUCGACUACUUUCUAUUCGAUUCAGAAAAAGGAAAACAACUGGAUUGGUCAAGGCGUUACAAGAUUAUAGGUGGCAUAGCACGAGGAAUUCUUUAUCUACAUGAAGAUUCGCAACUUAAAGUUAUACAUCGGGAUCUCAAAGCUAGCAAUGUAUUAUUAGACGGGGACAUGAAUCCAAAAGUUUCAGAUUUUGGCAUGGCGAGAAUUUUCUGUUCGGAUCAAACCGAAGGAAGCACAAGUAGAAUAGUUGGGACUUUUGGUUACAUGUCUCCAGAAUAUGCCAUGCAAGGUCAAUUUUCUGUGAAGUCUGAUGUGUUUAGUUUUGGAGUCUCAAUUUUGGAAAUUAUAACUGGCAAGAAGAAUAGUAGCUUCUAUCAAUCAUAUGGUCCUGGUGGCCUUUUGAGCUAUGCUUGGAAACAUUGGAGAGACGGAACACCCUUGGAAAUAAUGGAUCCUAUUCUGAGAGAUUCUUAUUCAAUGGAUGAAAUUAUUAGAUGCAUCUAUAUAGGCCUCUUGUGUGUUCAAGAAGAUAUGGAUGCCAGGCCCUCUAUGCCUUCUGUAGUUCAGAUGCUCAACAGUUCUCUUGAUACCCUACCACUGCCUCAGCAACCUCCAUUUUCUGUCCGUGGUAGGACAAAUCAGUUGAAGUCCGCAAACAGAACGGAGUUGUUUUCUUUGAAUGAAGUAUCAAUAAGUGAACUAAAUCCUCGAUAA